AGAUACAGGCGCAGUGUCUCGAUAGCGUGUUCUCCGUGCUGGCCCAUGCCGCGGUCAACGAUCUCUACUGGGAGGUGAAGGUCAAUGCGCUCCACUUCUGGCAGCUCGUGAUGUGCCGCCAGUUUCAGCAUCAGGGCAUGAUCGACGGUGUCUUCCCGGCCGUUACCUUCUCGAAGGAACACAAAAAGAUUGUCACGCUAACGGAGCGCGAGAUUCAAACGCGGCUGCUGAAAGUGCUUAACGAACUCUCGCUGCGCGGCUGUCUCGGCGUCCUGCUGGCCUGCCUCGGCGACGACUGCGAUCUGGGGGUGGUGAAGGAAGCGACGAAAGUGAUCGAGAAGCUGAUGUCGUACCUGAACCGGUACGGAUUUCUCGAUUACUAUCAGAAUCUCCCUGCUAGCACGGAAACUGCUGCUACUACGGCUGCGAUCAGCAAGAAUACGAAAGAAUCAUCCUCAGCAACCACGGCCACGACACCAUCGGAGAACGUUGCAAAGGUAACCCCAGUAACCGUUGCUUCGUCGACCAGCGAAAGCGCGGCUGCUGUGACGAACCAGGAAACAAUUUCCAGUAGCCGCCGACGGAACGAUGCGGACUACAACAGUGGCAAUGUGGCCUGCAACAGCACGAUGGAAGCGGACGAAAUCAUCGACUCGAUCGUUAAUCUGGACGAUAUGAAUCUGCUAUCGGGUACUUACAAUCGACACGUAACCAUGACGACCGCUUGCAGGCGGUCAGGUGGUGACGAUUGUGACUGUGAUCCGUCGGUGCAACACGCGGAACUGUUUCGUCAGUAUGCCUCUGUUAGCGUGGCACAGUUCCUUCAACGGGUACGAUCGCUAGAUUUGGCCGCGAUCGUUGGCAGCCGGGAGCAAUGGUUGCAGCACACGGACAGUUUCGGAUCCCUGUUGGACGAUGUACUGUUCUCGUACUAUGCGGCUGAGGUGAAUGAUGCCGAUUGUUACUAAGAACCUCGUAGGGGCGGUGAUGCUGGUAGAAGAGAGAUCAAAAGAGAUCAAGCGAUUGUUGAAUGGUUCUUCAAAGCCAAAAUAUAAGAUCAGCCAUACCAGGAUAAACGUUCCGUUGAGCAACGUUAACGUUCCGCAGCAAGUUAAGAUAUCGAACGAAAUGAGUUAAACACCGUUUCUCCUUAAACCUACCAAUUUCUGAGAGAUGAUGGGUGGAUGAUGGAUCUUGCUUAUCAUUUAAGGUCGCUCUGUUGGUGAUUUCCUCUGUUUAACGAAGGUUAUUGUCUCGGCGACCUGGAUGUAGCCGAUUCUGUUGUGAAAAAACAAGAAAACCGCAAUAAAAAUAUUGAUUAUAAU